UUUGCAGUGGUGUAGUAGUGGGGUUUUUUUAUUAUUUGACCCCAAAUCAGAAUUCUACAACUUUCAACCACCGCCACCACCGCCACCGCCAAUCCCGCCGGCAACCCCAAACAUGGGAAAUUCCUGGAGUAAAAGGUUCCACCGCCACAGCCGCCACCACCAUCCUCAGCCGCAGCCGCAAUCGGAGCCGCAGCCACAGCAGCCGCCGCAAUUGGAGCCGCCGCCUCCGCCGCCUCGGCAAUCGGAGCCGCAGCCGCCACCUUUUCCUCCACCUUCCUCUUCACCAAACCCUCCUUCUCCGAUCGCGUUCCCCCCAAUAAAUUCACCGCCGGCGAUUCCACCACCACCACCACCACAACAACCGCAACUUACAUCGCAACCCCACGAUGAUCUCAAUCCGCCGUCCCAACCACCAAGCUACGCUUUUGCAGCCUACGCCCCUCACUCUACAACCCCGCCGCCGGAACAACACCCUUACCCCGCCGUCCCCCAAUGCCCCAACCGCCCUCCGCCGUCGCUCCCCAUUCAACCCUACAACAACAACAAUUACAACUACUCCAACCCCAACUACUAUGUGAGGCCCGUCAAUACGAUGGGUCAAUACUCCAACUACCGUCCUUAUUACUCACCCCAAAUCAACAUGUGGGGCCCACCCGCCGCGCCCCCUCCUCAGCUGCCGCCCCCGCUGCCGCUAAUACAGCCCGCCCCCUACGUGGAUCAUCAGAGCGCCAAGAAGAUUAAGAAUGAUGUGAAUGUUCAUAAAGACACAAUUAGGCUUCAAUCGGAUGAGCUGUACCCCGAUUGCCACGUGGUUACCUUCACCUUUGAUGCUUUGGUUGAUGGAAGUAUUACUAUCUUCUACUUUGCCAAGGAGGGAGUCAACUGUAAAUUUAUUCCAUUAUAUCCGGAUAUCGUGCCUGCAAAAAUUCCGUUCCAAAAAGGACUUGGACAAAAGUUCUGCCAGCCUUCAGGAACUGGUGUGGACUUGGGCUUCUUCGACAUUGAUGACCUGUCAAAGCCUGUUCCAGGAGAAGACGCUUACCCACUCGUAAUAUCUGCCGAGUCAUUUUCACCGUCUACGAGUACAGCCGAGCGUACAGAUGCCGAACUGGUUAAAGCGUCUCAUGCUCAGAUCUCUCAGGCUGUCUUGGAAAAAAAAGGUGGUAAUUUCCAAGUCAAAGUAAUAAAGCAGAUUCUGUGGACCGACGGGGCCCGCUAUGAAUUGCGUGAGAUUUAUGGGAUUAGUGAUGCGGAUGAAGGUGCUGUCAACGAUGUUGAUUCGGGAAAUGAAUGCAUCAUUUGUUUGACUGAGGUCAAGAACACAGCUGUCUUGCCAUGUAGGCACAUGUGUAUGUGCAGUGACUGUGCCAAAGAGCUGAGGCUCCAAUCAAAUAAAUGUCCCGUUUGUCGGCAGCCCAUUGAAGAGCUUCUCGAGAUCAAGAUUGAUGAAGAAUCUGGAGUUUAGGAAGAGGAAGUUUAGCACGUCGGGACGAAAUCGACCAAAGGCUUCUAUAUGAAUAUUUAAAUCAUACACAAAAAAAUUGCAGGUUGGAGAAAGAUCCCUCCCUCCCUCCCUGCUUAUCAAGAUCUGUACAGUUCACAGUGUUAUGUAUUGCAACUUUAUAUUUUUGCACAUUGCAUGUUUUGGUAUUUGCCUUUACUAAUUUUAUUUCUCUUUCUUUUUUUUUUCUUGCUAAAGUUUGUUUUAUAUUUAUUUGUAAAUGCUUUACUAAUUUUUGUCCUUUUUAACUCCAAAGUUUGCAGUAAAGUGUAUAAAAGAAAAGAAUAAUCAUAUUUGAUCCCUGCUUUGAUGGUGCUUA